CCACAGCCGAUGGCAGUGCUCCAUCAGCGCUGGCCGUGGAUGGUACGCGCGCCGUCGUCGUCAGCGGAACAGAUGAUCCUGGGCAACUCUGUAACCUAAAGCUUGAUUACAACUUGCAGCAAAGAAGUGCAAGACUUUAACAUGACGUCUCGAAGGACAGCAAAGGAGCUUUUCUUCUGUACAUGUGUAUUGUUGCUGCUCAUCAGCUGUUUUCAAGUGCUCCGGCCGCAACCGCACAUCAGAAAGUUUGUGAACCUCAAUUCCGCACCGGUGAACACGUUGGAUGACCCGUCGAAGCCGGUGCUUCUUAUCAUCACGGCAUCCUCGCCACGCAGCGGCUCUAGCUUCCUAGGUGAGAUGAUGUCCAGCCCGAGUCGCUCGGCCUUUAUGUUCGAGCCCUUCUGGUUUCACGAGGUCACGCUGUCCCAGGAAAUGAACACCGCAAAUUCAACGGCCCACAUUGACCUCUACAACCUGCUCACGUGUCGCCUGUCGUCGCUGCCGCGCAUGUUCGCCCAGCGGAGCACCCGCGACUUCAUCUGGAGGAAACCGAUGCUGCCACCGGAGACCUCCCUGGACCAAAUGACCGCUACCUGCCUGAAGCAGCCGAUGCGUGUCGUCAAGAUAAUUCGCAUCCGCCUACGUAACCUGCUCCCCCUGCUGGAGGCGGAGGGUCUUAAUGUGUACAUCGUGCACUUGGUGCGCGACCCGCGCGGCAUCCUCAACUCCCUUCUGCGCCAGAGGCACGAGUGGCCCGAGCGACUACAUGUGCCGCAGCAUAUCUGCGGCGACAUGUGGGAAGACAUCCAAUUGUGGCGUGACGUCACAAGUCCACGUCUCAGCAUCGUCAGGUAUGAGGAUGUAGCUGCCAAUCCCCUGAGGGAAGCCCGUCGAUUGUUCGCCAACAUGAAGGUACCGCUGCCUCGGGACGUCUUCAAGUUUGUUGAGACUCACACUAGAGUCGUCACCGAAGAAAAAGGCGGCAAAACAAAGCUACCAGAAGAGAACGGCGGCAACGGAAGUGACAGGAACAGGUACAGUAAUGAAUCAGCUCCAUCGCAUGCAAACGCCACUCGCGCACGGCGUAGCGUCGCCACCCAGCGGCUGCCGAAUACACUUGAACCUCUCCAUCAGCACACCACGCGACGCCACCACCGAAGCUCGGCUGCUGAACACCCGCCGCGCCGACGCGCCGCGCAUUCCGGACUGCGCCGCGCCACACGCGCCGCGGACAGGAAGAUUCGGGCGGUGCGUUCGCACAUGCCGCAGGUCGACCUCUAUUACGGCACAGUCCGCAGUGCCAAGUUCGACGAGCUGCACUGGAGGCGCGAGCUGGCCGCCGCCGACCGGCGCGCCGCCGAGCGGGAAUGCGGUGCCGUGCUGCAGGCCCUUGGCUACCCGCUACGCUACCCCAGCGAUAUGCAGGGCGGGGGCGGGGGAAAGUGA